AUGGCGACCGGAUCGACAGUGUUUGAUCCUUGGUAUGCUUCAUUACUAGGAUUAGCAGAGACGUUUAGGACUUCAAAUCCUCCAAAUAUCAGACUAUGUAUACACUGCCUUCAGUCCAUGUUCAACUUCAAACCGCCACCCAAAAUCGAAGCCAGAACUCACCUGCAAUUGGGUAAUAUUCUGUUAGCCCAUACAAAAAACACCGACUUGGCCAGGACGCAUUUAGAACAAGCAUGGGCACUGUCAGUUUCUAUGCCAGCAAGUGAUGAUGUCAAAUUUGAAGCUGCUUGUGUGUUAGCACAGAUGUUUCAGGAUCAGAAUCAACUUCAGCAUGCGAGACAGAUCUUGGUAAAAGCUGUAGAAAUAUCCCAGCAGGCACCAUAUUGGCACUGUAGACUUCUAUUUCAGCUUGCACAAAUCCAUUCAAUAGAAAAAGAUUUUGUCACAGCAUGUCAGUUACUAUCAGCGGGUGCCGAGUUCUCAGACACAGCUCACUCAGAGUAUACCAAGCUCCUAUUUGUUCUCAGCAAAGGCAUGCUGUACCUGAUAGACAAGAAGACAACAGAUGUCCAUGGCACGCUGAGUACUGCUGGUCAGAUGAUAGAAACAUACAAUGGUCCACCUGUUCAGAAAGAGUCGUUAAAGGUGUUUUUCCUCGUCCUGCAAGUGUGUCAUUAUCUCAUGGCUGGCCAGGUGAAGAGUGUGAAACCAGCCUUAAAAAAUCUCCAGCAAAUCAUACAGACAAUAACUCAGUUACACACAGAUGAAGAACCGACCUCCAGUAAUCCUGUAGACAUGUUUCACUGGCUUCCUAUUGAACAUAUGUGUGUACUGGUAUACUUGGUAACAGUAAUGCACUCAAUGCAGGCAGGAUACAUGGACAAGGCACAAAAAUACACAGACAAAGCUCUUAUGCAAAUAGAAAAAUUAAAAAUGUUAGAUGCCCAUCCACUGUUGUCACAGUUUCAGCUCAUGUUGUUGGAGCACAUAAUAAUGUGUCGACUUAUAAUGGGCAAUAAAACCAUGGCUAUUCAAGAGAUUUUUCAAGCAUGUCAUGUGUGUCAGCAGCAGCCACGACUUUUUAGCACUCACUCUGCACAGAUCCAUACACUGUUGGGAUUAUAUGCUAUGUCCAUGAACUGUAUGGAAGCUGCAGAGGCACAGUUCAAAACUGCCAUUAAGUUUUCCAAAGCAAUGGAGUUGGAAUCUUUUGUUCACCUCAAUUUAGCAAUAGUAUACCUGAGAACCAACCGACAGGGGGAACUUGUCAGCAUUCUUGAAAAACUUGAACCUGAGAAAUUGUCAACUCACUCCCACAGUCUGAAGGCAUCCUCCUUUUAUGUACGUGGCCUCCAGGCUUUCUUCCAGGCACGGUACAGUGAGGCCAAGCGCUACCUCAGAGAAACUCUUAAAAUGGCAAAUGCAGAGGACCUGAAUCGACUGACAUCGUGCUCUCUGGUGCUGCUCGGACAUAUAUUUCUGUCUCUAGGCAACAAUACUGAAGCUCUAAAUAUGGUCACACCAGCCAUGCAACUUGCAGGAAAGAUCCCUGAUGUUCACGUACAACUCUGGGCCUCCUCCCUCCUGAAAGAUUUGUACCGUCUCUGUGGUGAUAAAGUCAAUGAGGCUGAAGGUUUUAAAAUGCACACUAGCUUUUCACAGUCCCUGUUAAAGGAUCAUUUUCAGUCAUCACAACUCUCAGAACAUGGCUUAAUACAGUGGACAGAGGGUCCUUGUCCUUUCCAUCUUAACACAACAGUUGGGUCAAGUAAUAUGCUGUGAAAAUAAAGACAAGGAUGGAUAUAGGUAUAUCCACCAGGAACUAUCAAACUGCAGUGUAAGUUCAGCCCAGGAUUUGUAAUGCAGUAUAAAAUCAGUCAGGACUCAUGAUGCAUUGUAAAUUCAACUGGGACUCGUGAUAAUGCAGUGCAGUGCAGGACUCAAGAUGCAGCUUCAAACUUGAAUCAGGUCUGAUGAUGUUUUUGAAAGACAUUUAGUCUGAAAUACUGACACAAUAUUGUUAAGUUUGACAGGAAUAGAAAGUGGAUAGAUUAAACAAGGCAAAUAUAUGCUUCAAUGGAAAGUUUAAACAAUGAAUGAUACUUUGAUGGAAAGUUUAAACAAUGUAUGACACUUUAAUGGGAAGUGUAAACAAUGUAAGACACUUGAUGGCAAGUUUAAACAAUGUAUGACACUUCGAUGGAAAGUUCAAACAAUGUAUGACACUUCGAUGGAAAGUUCAAACAAUGUAUGACACUUCGAUGGAAAGUUCAAACAAUGUAUGACACUUCGAUGGAAAGUUCAAACAAUGUAUGACACUUCGAUGGAAAGUUCAAACAAUGUAUGACACUUCGAUGGAAAGUUUAAACAAUGUAUGACACUUCAAUGGAAAGUGUGAAACAAUGUAUGACACUUUGGUUGAAAGUUUAAACAAUGUAUGACACAUUAAUGGAAAGUGUAAACAAUGUAUGACACUUCGAUGGAAAGUUUAAACAAUUAAAGCACUUUAAUGGAAAGUGUAAAACAAUGGUUAACACUUUGGUUGAAAGUUUAAACAAUGUAUGACACUUUAAUGGAAAGUGUGAAACAAUGAAUGACACUUCGAUGGAAAGUGUGAAACAAUGAAUGACAUUUUUAUGGAAAGUGUAAACAAUGUAUGACACUUCGAUGGAAAGUUUAAACAAUGUAUGACACUUCGAUGGAAAGUGUGAAACAAUGAAUGACACUUUGAUGGAAAGUGUGAAACAAUGUAUGACACUUUGAUGGAAAGUUUAAACAAUGUAUGACACUUCGAUGGAAAGUUUAAACAACGUAUGACACUUUGGUGGGAAGUUCACAAUCAGGAAUUUGUAGCACUUCGUUUGAGAAAUAAAACAGGAUUGAUGGUGUUUUGAUGGAAAUCAUACAUACUAAUGGUGUUACCAGUUGCCCAGGACAGAUUGUGUAUUGGAAAGUGUUACACUUUUUUAUUAUGGUUGUACAAGUUUGUGUACUUCAUGAAUUUGAAAAUGGUGCCUACUUCAACACAGUGUUGACAACAGAUAAUCUAAUUCAUGUUUACCAAGUUUCAUAUUAGUAUAGGUCAUUCUGUUUAAGACCUGUAAAAAAUCUUCGGUGAAAAUGCAAUGGCAUUUUGCUUACGUUUUCUGCUCUUUGUUUUAUUUGUUUAGGUAAAUGCUGUUAUUUUUACCAAGGUCGCUUUUUGCUUAAGUGGUUGAAAUGGUUGGACCGGCUGAAUUUGUAAGAGAAAUGCUAGGCUUAGAUCAAAACCGAGACUUGACUGUGGAAUAUUUGGCAUGUGCAGUAUUAGGGCACCAGUCAUUCCUUGCAGAAACUGACUGAAUGAAUAUGAAGUUUUCAGAAUUUCUGCAUAGAAUAUGCCAGUGCAUACACAUAUUCCUGGAAAUUUUAUGAUAUACCGUGUGGGUUAAAUAGAACGCAUUAUCAUUGUUUUAUUUGUGACUGAAAAUUCCAAAACUGCAAUUUAAGCUUUACACGUAACAUUUCAAACAUACAGUACAGUUUUUGUUUUUGUUUUCAUCGUGGAAUACUAUACUGCCGAAACCGAUUCAUCCACCUUUUGCAAAAACGGCCCAAUUUGAUGACUUUUGCAUUUGUAAUUUUGGCAAAUUUUAAGAAAAACAUCUAUGUUCCAUCUACAGUGUACUUAUUUGGUCAUGAUUUUGGACAUAAUUCAUUUGUUGAUCACUGAAAUGAAGAUACACAUAAAGGUUGUAAGGUUUGGUGAGUGUUGGGUAGGUGAAAUAUAGUUUACAGUUUAAGCAAAGAUCUGCAUAAAAAAGUUAUCUUUAUGGCACCAUACAUUAAGUUAUGUGCCUUGAAAGUAAUUUUCAAUUUUUCCAGUUCUUAAGUAAAAUGUUAUCAAGUACAUUGCUGAAUAUGAAUUAUGGAUGGAUCUUAGUUUCGUUUUUCAGAGAAUGGGAUAGGAAAUCCUAAAUAUGAAAACUGGGAAAUAACGGAAUGGAAAAAAAUUUAAUUACUGAUCAGGAUAAAUGGUGGUUUUAAGAAGACAGAUUAACACUCAGAGAAAGUUAAUGAUAGAAACGAUACAAGUAAAUACAGAAAUAUAUAGAAAACAGGCGAAGUUUGACUCUCUACUUCUCUAUGUGAAUGUCUCUCUGCUUAUGUAAUUUGAUAUGUAAUGGGAUGGCGUUCUACCCCUAGCUACAGGGAAUGGAUUGUUCUCCGCAUGUAUGUACAUUUUAUAUGUGGAUGUGGUAUAAUUUUAUGUAAUUUUUAAUCUGUGUCUGUAACUAUAUACCCUGACAACAUAAUGUUCCUUUACCAACAACUGGUUAUAAAUAUAAAGUAUCACACUUAACCCCUUAGUUGGAUACCAGGUAAUUCCUUAUCAUAGUAAGCUUCUUAAAAUUCCAAAGAAAAUUUGAGGUUUUGUCUAGCUGAAAAAACACACAAAAAUAAGAAAAACUGAACUUAAACUCAUGUCUUUACAUGUGCUCAAAUUUGUAGUGCUGAAGAUGAAGUUUGUGAUAUUUUUCUGUGUAAAGUGAGAGGGGAAAUAUCAGAAUUUCUUGCUGGUCUUUAGAACCCUGGGUCCCUAACUGUGCAGUGUGAUGUCUUCUAUUAGACUUGGGAUUUUCCUGGGCCUAGAUAAGAAAUCUUACGCUGAAAUAUACUUUCCAAGUAAUCUGUAUUGUGGUUACAAGGUUAAUACAAAAAUGAAACAGUUAAUAAAAUGAUAACUGAAUUCCGAUACCUCAUCUUCAGACUAUUGCAUAAGUUUAGCACCUCAUCAGUACAAGAUUGUAUUGACAAACGAGGGUAGCACUUAUGAAUACAUGGUGUCCUAGAUCAGUCUGCUUAACAAUUCAUUACAGUUUUCACUGCAAAUAAGUCCCAUCCCCUUGUUGUUAUUGUCUUGUUUUGACAAAGAAGUGGAAACAAGAAAUAGGUGAUUUUUUCCUGUCAGCAUCUACACCAGUGUUUUAAACAAAUUGCUUCUAUACCAGUUUCUCAGAAAAUAUAAGUACUUGAGUCGCUAAAUUUGAUUUAUAUAUAUCAUAAACGGUAAAACUCAAAUGAGGUCAAAAGAAAAUAUUUGGAGUAGUUUUUAAUUUAUUCACAUUUUGUUUGGAAACAUUGGUUUAGUACCACAUAGGUUACCUGAGUAUGAAUUGGCAUAAACUAGAGAUUCUCAGAUCAAAAUGGGAAGACAGACAAUCCAGAGAGCGACCAACCAGAAAAUUGCUAUUCAGAACAAAGUAUUGUGGAGUUCUGGAUUGCCACUAAAGUUUUGAUGAUAACAGUUUCCAAAACAGACUACAUAUACUGACUUUUUAGAAAAUAGAUUACUUUGAAGUAAUUAAUAAAAAAAGUUCUGUUUUUAUAAAUUGUUUUCGAGAUGUUGGAGAUUACAGAACUGUUGUGAUGUAUGCCAUACUGAUGUUAUUAUUGAAAUUGGAACAGAUUUUUAUCCAAGUAUUAUUGUGCCAUUUUUACUGCAUUUUCUUGAGAAUCUUUCGAAAGAGAAGAUAUUUUCCAAGUAAUUGUAAAUGUCAACUGAUUAUAUUCAUUGUGUUGAAUAAUAUGAAAGGCAGCAGAUGAGGGUGUAAAAUAUUAGUAUAGUGUUCAUGUGUACUUGUCCUUUGUCGUAUAGAAAUAUUGUGUAACUAAUAAUCACAGAAACCGACCGGAUGUAAACACCUUUUGACUGAAUGGGCACAUGGAGAUGUAAACAGGUCCUAGAUAACAGUUGGUUACAGAUUUUGCGUCUCAAUGACUCCUCCUAUAUCUAGGCAUUUAGAAUUAAGACAGAAAAGUGGAUGUCCUAGUGAUCCUGGAUAAGUCUGUAGCUAUCAGUGUGUUCCUGCCAUUAUCUGUAUACAUAUUACUGCAUCAGUCAAAAGGUGAUUUUAUGAAGAAAGCUCACAUUUUAUCCCAAGAUUCAUGUAUUUUCUUAUUUCAAUGCUGCAAGUUUUUAUUGGUAACCAGUUUCCCUGUAGUUCAUACUUUUUAGCUCACCUAGUCCAGAGGACAUUUGAGCUUAUGCCACGGCACAGCGUCUUUCGUCCAGCAUUAGGCAUCCGUCAAUUUUUUUAAUAAAAAUCAAGACUAGUCUUGAAUGACUGACUAGAUCUUGACCAAAUUUUAUCAGAAGCAUCUUUGGUGGGAAGGGAACCAAGUUUGUAUAAAUAUUGGUUCUCCGCCCCUAGAGGCUGAGCCCAAAAGUUGGAAAGUUCUUUAAGAUACUACUUCUCUAGUUGGAAUGAUUGGAUAUUGCCCAAAUUUAGGGCCCAGAAAGGGAAAGAGAGAAAAUUAUCUAAGAUCCUUCUUCUUUUGUAGAAGUAUCAGGAUUCUGUACCAUUUCAUAGUAAUGCAUACAUAGGUGAAAGGGAAUCAAUUUUUGAUUCUCUAAAAUCCCUCUUUUGUGGAAAUGCAUUGCUACUUUCUUGGGUCAAAGAAAAACAUGAGUGAUCAUUUGAUGCCUGUACUGUUGAUUGAUGUAUCACUUCACAUUCUAGUCCUGCAUCAGUUCUGAUUUCUCAAAGCAAACUUUAAAUUAAUGCUUUUUUCAAAUACUGAACUUGAUGAUAAAUUCUCCUGGUAAAUUGCCUAGAAAAUGUAAAGUAAAUACUGUGUCAGAGAGUUUACUCCUAAGUAUCUAGGAAAUGUGAAGUGAAUACUAUGUCUGGGGGCUUUUUCCUGGUAAAGUACAUAGGAAAUGCGAAGUGAAUACUAUGUCAGGGGGCUUUCUCCUGGUAAAGUAAGUAGGAAAUGCGAAGUGAAUAUUGUGUCAGAGGGCUUUCUCCUGGUAAAUAUCUAGGGAAUGUAAAGUGAAUACUAUGUCUGGGGGCUUUUUUUUUUCCUGGUAAAUUAUUUAUUAAAUGAAAAGAAUAAUUUUGUAAUGAUAAAUAAUCAAGGGUCAUUGUGCAAUUUCAAUUUCUGCAUGCAAGUUUCUUUAUCAGGAUCUGGUGAUCGUUUUCAACUCACAGUGUUGAUCAUUUAAGGCCAAGGCAGUCCACGUAUAGUAUCUGUAACAUUGUUAUUACUUUGACAAGUUUGACAGCUGAUGGGAGACAGAUUCUGUAACAUGUAUACCAAGAUUUAUUUGAAAUGCUUUAAUUGUACGAGGUGAUCUUACCUUGUUUUAUGUGCCAGGAUCAUUGUUAGCUGAGAUAUUUGCUUCCAUCAUUCUUUAUGUAAAAAACAUCAAUUGAUCACCAUAAGCAUUGUAAUAUGUACAAUGUUGAUAUUGGCACUGCUUCUGUUCUGCAUGUGUUAAGUUUCAAAUCAGCAAGUUUUGGAAUUAAAUAUCACAACACUUCUUGUGUUCUGUACAUUUAGUUUGAAGUAUUUCGAGUUUAUUGUUAUUUGCAGAUAUAUGGAGGCCAUUUUGGCCUUUUGUUUUAUACAUGUUUUAUUUAUAUGUAAAUAAGGUCCAACUGUGUAUACUUCUGUUGUAAUAUCUUAUGUGUCACUUGA